CCUUGUCAAACUUCCGAAGCCUAUCAGUUUAAACGGAUGCUUAUGCGGACUUUCCAUUCUAUCAUAGUUACCCUUUCUGCCUCUGAUAGUCCAGAAUUCGCAGAAUCCAGACACUAGCUGUUGCAAUUCUCGAGCCGUAGUUCUCACGAAAUCUCAUCCCUCUCCAUCUACUACGAUGGCCACCGAAUCUGAGAAAUCCAACCCCAAUAUUCUCUCCGCCCAAGAAAACCCUGUGAAAACCCUAGACUCUACAGUCUCCGAACCGGAUCUCCAUGAACACUCUCCCAAUAAUAUUCUGACGGACUGUGAGGAUCCGAAUGGCACCGUAUCCUCACCUGCUGGGGAUGAUGGUCCGGUUUCCAAUAUCCAGAAGAAGACUCGCCGAGCCGAGCGGUUUGGUAUAACUUUACAACUCACCGAGGAAGAGAAACGUAAUUCUCGAGCGGAGAGGUUUGGCAUGGGGUCCCCAUUGCAUGGGUCAGAGGACCUUAAGAGAAAGGCUAGAGCAGAGAGGUUUGGUCUUUGUGAUGCAUCUGUGGCUCCUGAUGAUGAAUCGAGAAAGAAAGCCACUGCUGAUGUGGAAGGAAAGAAGAAAGCUACUGCUGACGAGGAAGCAAAGAAGAAAGCUCGGCUUGCCAGGUUUGCACCAGUUUCUAAAACAGACACCGUGGAAGAAGAAAAAAGGAAAGCAAGGACAAUCAGGUUUUCAAGCUCUCCAUCUAGUUCUUUAUCCCAAGUGAAUGGUAAAGGAGAUAUGGAGCAGAAAGCAGCUAUCACAGGCGAGACUGGAGGAGGGGCUUAACGCUAAACAUCAUUUUCAGUAGUAAGGUUUUGUUGUUUUGCUUUUUUUUUUUUUUUAAUUCCCUAUACUUCUUCUACAUCCAUUCCGUCUUUUAGACUCGCAGAUGCAGCAUUUUCCAUUCUUAGACAGAUACCUCUGUGGCCCUGAACAGGAGUUUGGCAGCAUGAAGAUCUCUUUUCCUGGAUAUGGUGUAGCAACAGUUCGCUUGUGAGACCUAGAGUAAUUUAUGACUAACUCCUUAGUGUUAAUUAUCUCAAAGUCUCCGAAAACUAUCAGAAAUUCAAUAUUACUAAAUAGAUAUUUAACAUUUUAAGACCUAUCAUUUUCCAAUUUUAUGCUCGAUCGGCCACUUAUAAAACAGAAAGGAAAAAAUUAUGCUCCUUCAAAUUCUGAUACUUAAAAGAUGUGGGCUAGGAUCUGAUAUAUGCUUAUAGUUGCAGAUUCAUGAUCAUGUUGCAUGGCAGCACUAAGUUGGUUUUGUGAGUUUAUCAUCAUCUGAUCCAUGAUUAGCAAUGUCAAAAGGCAUUAAAUUGUUUGCCACUGGUAUUAAUGGUUCUAUGGCCGAACUAAUUACUUUAGAAUACAGAAAAAGGACGUUCUCAGAUUGUUCUAGUUGGUUUGACUUUAGAUAUAGGAUUAUUAUCAAAUUUGCAGUCUUAGAUUAGGUCUCUACUUUUUGAGGGCUGGACCCAUAGAGUGAACUCAAUCUUCAACAAGAUGCAUAGCUGCUUCUGCUCCUGAGAAUGGCCUCAGCCAUGGCAUUUGUGAGGCAUGCAUAAGUUUAUGUCUUUUGAGAUAGAUUUGAGCCUGUUUUCACUUUAAAAGAGGACAAGAAAGGGAGGAGCUUUCUACUAUUUUGCAUCUGUUCUUUGCUUGAAAUGGGGGUUUUCAGUUUUGUCUCAUAUCUUAUUUGAUGAUGGUGUAAUUACACACGUAAUAUUAUAACUAUUAAUCAUGGAUCAGAUCAUAUUAACUCAUCUUUCAAGUUUCUGUGGGAUCAGCCAAAGAUUUAAAGGCAUAUGUUUACUUAGUACUGGCAUCAACACUUGAUCAUGAGAACCAUUUUCAGAACUCAACUAUUACCUUACCAGUAAAGUAAUAGUCGAGAUCUAUCAGAAUUUCUGAUGUUUUCGUUUGUAAUUUGAGAUAAUUGCACUCUUUGGAGGUUCUUGUGAAUUUUUUCUUAGGUCUCACUGGGAGAACUGCACAAUCUGCAAGGUAGGAAUUUGGGAUGAAGAGUACUCUGAUAACUAGGUUUGUCAUUAGCAUUGUAAUUUUGAAUUUUCAAUGUGAAGGAAUUGUUGAAACA